CCUACGUCCUGUGAAGCCUUUUUGUUCUCUUUUUAAGAACUACAAGAUGUUCGAUGACAUUGUAUCCUUCGAUACUACCUACUCAACAAACAGGUAUUACAUGGUGUUUGGGCCAUUCACUGGAAAAGACAACCACGGAUGCCCUGUUACGUUUGGUGCCGGAUUCGUGUCAAAUGAGGGAGCUGACGCAUUUUCUUGGUUGCUCAGUGAGUUUGUCGAUUGUAUGGGUUUUGCGCCUAAGUUGAUAAUUACCGACCAGGAUUGGGGGAUGAAACUUGCUAUAGAACGAGUUCUAACUAGUACCUGGCAUCGUUGGUGCAUGUGGCACAUAAUGAUGAAGCUUCCUGAAAAGGUUCCCAAAAGAAUACUUGCUAACGAAGAGUUGAAGAAGGAUUUUGACUCUUGUAUAUGGUCUGAAUUGUUGGAGCCAGAGGAAUUUGAAGAAACUUGGUUGACCAUUGUGGACCAACAUGGUUUACAAAAUGAAUCUUGGUUCACUACCAUGUUCACACAACGAGAGUAUUGGAUUCCAGCAUAUUUUAGGGAUUUCCCAAUGGGGUCGUUGUUGAAGACAACAUCAUUCUCUGAGUCCGUGAACAGCUUUUUCAAAAGGUACACAAAACCACAUUUUAAUCUCGCUGACUUUGUGAUGCACUACAAUAGCGCGUUAGAUGCUCAGCGUAACAUAACUGAAAGGCUCGAUUUCUCUGAUGCUUCAAAAGUCCCCAUCCUGUGAACAAAGCUUUUAUUUGAGAAACACGCACGGCUAUGUAUACAGAUCACAUCUUUCAGCAAGUUCAAGAUGAGAUCGUCGAGGCUCAUCGUCGUUGCAGAAUGUCUCACUUUGAGAUGGAGGACAAUACUGAGAUUUACACAAUAAUGGACAGCCAUCGAAACAAAGGUGUCAUCCGUCAUGAAGUUGGCACCGAAUCGUACCACUGCGAUUGCAAGUUGUUUCUGCGGCGUGGAAUAUUAUGUUCCCUCAUUUUUUGGUUGUUCAAAAACCAUGACGUGAAAGAAAUGUCAGGAACAUAUAUUGGUACAAGGUGGUUGAAGACGCCUUUGUUGAAAUCAGUACACAAUGAUCCGAGUGAGGAGGCAUCGACAUCUGCAGAUUCCCAAGUCGAUGAUAAACGUGUUGUAGCAACCAAACUACAUUCGUUGUACUUUCGUUUAUUUCAACGAGCACAGAGCAAUGGCGGCGACAUUUUUGCAUUAUUCGAUGGAAUGGAAGAAUUAAGUCAUAAACUCGUCGGUGAUACAGUACCUUCCGUGUCUUCCAUGGGUAAAUCACAGAGGAGUGAGAACCUGUAUGGGUUAGCUCGACCAAACGUUGUUAGCGUGCACCCUCCUAAUGUAGUGAGUACAAAGGGAUCCGGCAGCACUUCUGGAAGAAGAAUUCAAUCAUCAGUAGAGAAGGCUAUCAUACUACACAACAAACCUAAGAGGCGAUGUGCAAAGUGUCGAGAAAUGGGUCAUCACGAUGCAAUGAAUUGUGACAGGGAGAAAGGAAAGUCCAAUAUGUAGCUUUAGUGGAUUUGCUGUUCAUUUGUUAUUUGGUUUGUAUGAUUAAUCUGCAUUUUUUAUAACAAUAGUGCAUUUUUAUGUAACCCAUUUUUUCAGAAUUGAA